AUGGCUCGUACCAAGCAAACUGCUCGUAAAUCUACUGGAGGAAAGGCUCCAGGGAAGCAACUUGCUAGUAAGAGCCAUGCUGUUUUAGCACUUCAGGAGGCUGCAGAGGCCUACCUUAUUGGUCUUUUAGAGGACACCAACCUGUGUGCUAUCCAUGCCAAGCGUGUCAUUAUCAUGCCUAAGGACAUCCAACUGGCUUGCAGGAUUAGGGAACCUAUUCUAUUGAGGAUGUUACAGAUUUUAGAUCAUCAAAUUCACCAUGCAGAAAGUCUGUCAUUUGAUGAGUGUGAACAUGUCCCCGAGACAUUACCAUAUGAGGUUCUUACGAAAACGAGUGCACCUCCAAAGAGUGAUGUACCUAUCAUCACACCUAGUAAUUUUCCCGAGGCUGAUGGCUUUGUAUUUGGCUUUCCCACAAGGUUCGGAAUGAUGGUUGCCCAAUUCAAAGCCUUUAUUGAUGCAACUAGAGGCCUAUGGAGAACACGACAGCUUGCUGGAAACGUGCUGGGAUCUUCUACAGCACUGGAUCUCAAGGAGAAGGAGAAAAGAGAGGUGGAUGCUGCUGCCGAUGCCGCUUAUAUACACACACACACACAUACAUACACGAAGUGCAGCUGA